CCUGUUUGGACUUGAAACGAGAAGCACGUGUUUUAUUGAGCUCUCUGAAUUUCCAAGCCUUGUAAGUGAAUUUUCGAGUGACUGAUAUAUUUUUUUUUGUUGGUUUUGUGGACUUCACUUUGAAUCAGUGGAAACGGAGUAAAGACUAAAACUGUCGGAGGACAGUGGGUGUGACGGGGGGAGGCCAUGUGAUGGCGGAGAAGCAGUUGAAAAUGAUAUAACCUAUGAGGAGUUACAUGCGGAGUAUCAAGAUCUGUGCUAUGAAAGUUUAUUAGUUGAGUCAGGAAUGGCUAAAGAGACAAGAAAAUAUAAAAAUAAAAGAAAGAGUGAUGAGAGGAAGGAGGAGGAAUUUAAAAAACAUCGAACGAGAAGUAAGAGCAGAAGUCCCUUGUCUCAUAAAGGUGACGAGCAAAGUUUAAGUGCAAAUAUGGAAGGUUCAGAAAUGGAGAGUGACAUUGAGAUCGGCCAAGAAGUGAUAAAUGAUAAGAGUAAUAGUGGCGAAACUAGUCAAAGUUCUAUUGAAGUGGCCAGUCGUACAAAAAAUAAGAGUACUGAGAAGGUAAACAUUCGAGGAUAUAACCUCAACAACAAUAAGGGAAGGGAUAUAUUGACAAACAAAAAGCAGUUUGAACAGUCGAAAACAAGAAUAGAAAAAACGUUUCAGUACGAAAAGUCUGAUAAAAGCCCUUUUGUUGUACAACUUAGUAAACAAAGAAAUAAUUUAGAAGUAAAUGAUAAACCUAUAUUGGCUUUGGAAGUGGCUCGAAUAUUGUUUAGAGCAGGAAUUAAAUAUGACCAACUUGCUCCCAUUUCUAAGCGGGUCUGGGAAGUUACUUUUCAUUCUCGAGAUGCUGCCAACCAAAUGUUGAGGAAUAAGUUUUUGCAAGAAUGGGGCUACAACGCUUUUGUUCCCUUCUGGAAAGUUUUCAGGAAAGGUGUGAUUAAAGACAUUCCUAUAGAUUUUGAGCCAGAAUUAAUUACCACAGAACUCAAUAAUGGCAACCCAGGCUUAAAUGUUGUAGAAUCAGUUCGUUUGAAAAGAAGAGUCAAAGAAAGGGGUAACGUUACAUGGGAGGACACCACUUCAGUGCAGGUAACGAUGCGCAUUAAAGAAAUACCGAACGCAGUUUACUUUUGGAAAACGAGAAUUGGUUUAAGUCCAUUCAUCCCAGCAGUCAGGAAGUGUUACAGGUGUGGCAAGGUUGGUCACUCAAUAAAGUUUUGCAAGGAGGAGGAGAAGUGUCUCAGGUGCGGUAAUAACAAGCAUGAUGAAGAAAAUGGCUGCAUGCUUAAAUGCAUCAACUGUAAAGGUUCACAUUUUUCCUUGGACAGUAAGUGCCCGAAACUUCGGGAACUUUAUGAGAUCAGUCGCAUCAUUGCAGAAAAGAAUGUGUCAUUCCCAACAGCAAGGGAUUUGUAUUUCAAAAGACAUUUUAAUGCUCAAGAAAACCUGAGGCCUUCGGUGGACUCUUUGAACUUUCCAGUCCUGGGAAAUGAGAAUAGGUUCCUGGUGCAUAACAUUAGAAGAGAUGGAUCGUAUAGACAGGCGGUUAGUGGUAAUAUUGAAAGACCAAAGGCUGAUGGUAAACAAGACUCAAGACAAAGUAAUCUCCAAGGUGAAGGAAUUCCAACAGAGCUGAACAGCGAGAUUUGCAGUUUUUUACACGAACUUAAGAAAAAAGAAGAUGGAGACUGUAGUGACAGGUUGUUCAGGCGACUUAAGGAGUUAGUAUUCAAGAUCCCAGACGUGGACAGAUUUUGUCAAUGGAAUUGCUGCAGCAUUAAGAGAAAGUUACCUGAAUUACAAUAUAGAGCUUCCAAUUUUGAUGUGAUGUUACUCUCGGAGACCUGGUUAACGGAUGAUGACUCAAUCUCGGUCAAGGGAUUUGAUGUGGUGCGUAGAGACAGGGUAGGGCGCCCUGGGGGUGGAGUUGCUAUUCUGGUGAGAAACAAUAUUAAAUAUAAGAGAAAACAUGGUUUGUAUAAUUGUAACAAUAACAUUGAGCUGUGUGCUAUAGAAUUAUUUACGUGUGAAGGGCCUUUUCUAGUAGUCUCAUGUUACAGGCCUCCGGAUCGAAAUAUGACGAAGGACCAGUGGGUGCGCUUUUUGAACCAAUUCAGUGGAAACUUCCUGGUCACAGGGGAUUUCAAUGCUCAUCACCAGGUAUGGGGAAGUGAUGCGAACUCUAUAGAAGGUACAAAAUUAUUUGAAGCUAUCGAGGAGUCGGAGGUUGGGUUGCUGAAUGGGGCAGUCAAGACCUUUUAUUCGCGUCAAUAUCGAACAGAAUCCGCUCUAGAUCUAUCGUUCGCAAGUUGUGGGUUGUUGUCGCUGUUUGAGUGGAAGGUUAGUAGGGAUACGUGGGGCAGUGACCACUUCCCAAUAUUUAUUGACUUUGACAAGGUAGUUGAGAAAAAAGGAAGCAAUCAUGCUCCAAAAAGGCUUUACAAUAGUAAAACUGAUUGGGGGCGGUUGGUCAGGGAACUCGAAUUUCGGAGUAAUGAAAUUAGGUCAGUUGUCCAAAACGAGGAUCUCGAGAUUCAGGUCAAAUAUACGACGUUUACAGCAAUUAUAGAGGACUGUGUGAAUGUGGCUACACCGGGAAGGGGUGGUAGUAGGAAUCUAAAUACAGGGAGCAGAGUUCAUAAGGAGAAAGAGCGUAGAAAAGCUGCAAUUUUCUGGAAUAGCGAAUGUGAUAAGUUGGUAAGAUUACGAGUUGCUGCCUUUCUUCGUUUAAAAGAAUAUCCUUCGGAGGAAAAUUUCUUAAAAUAUAAACAGGCAGAGGCUAGGGCUAAGUCGGGGAUCAGAAAGAUAAAAAAGGACUACUUCCGGUCCUUCUUAAAUAGUAUCAAUAAGUUUACAAGUCCGUCGUACAUAUGGAAGAAGCUGAAAGCUUUGAAAAAAGGUUGGAAUUCGUCGCAUUGCUCGAACGAGUUUAGUGAAGAGGUAGUGGAGAGGGUGAAGGUUGGGAUAGACUCUCUAUGCCCAUCCUGGGUAGCAAGAGGGGAUCCGAUGUUAGAAAAUGUGGAAGGGGAUGUAUUUCUGGAUUUGCCUAUCACGGUGGAAGAAUUAGAGGUCGCAAUUGAGAAUUCGAGGACUAAAUCUAGCCCGGGGUUGGACGGGAUCGAUUAUUUGUUGAUUCAAUCGUUUCCUAAAGAAGUCAGAGGGGCCCUCUUGGAGUUAUACAACUCAAUUUUUGCUUCGGGAAUCUUCCCAAACGAAUGGCGCCAGUAUUCAAUUUUCUUCAUUCCUAAGAGUCAAGGGAACGCUGUUCGGCCAAUAUCGUUGGCACCUUGCUUGUUAAAAAUCUUGGAAAAAAUUCUGAAUCUUAGAAUAUCAUGGUGGUUGGAAUUUCAUAAUAAGUUCCCUGAAACGCAGUUUGGAUUUCGAAGAAGUAAAUCAUGUUUGGAUAAUUUAGCUAUACUGAACGCGGAGAUUUUGAGAGCUUUUGACAAGAAGCAGUGUGUUGGUGCUCUUUUUUUGGACAUUCGAAGCGCAUAUGAUAAUGUGCUCGGAGAUGUGUUACUUAGUAGACUAAUUAGUGUAGGAUGGCCUAAAUUAAUUUUGAAAUUUGUGCAUAACUUAGUGUCGGAGAGGGUAAUAUCAGUCAAAUACGACACAAUAGACUGUCAUAGAAAAGUCUUCAGAGGGUUACCUCAGGGUAGCGUACUGAGCCCAGUUUUGUACUCAGUUUACAUGAUGUCUUUAGAGUCUUGGAUUGUGGAGGAUUGCAAAAUUCUUCAAUUUGCAGAUGAUGUAUGUAUUUAUGCAGUUGAUAAAGAUCCAAAAAAAGUGUUAAAAGCUGUAUCGGAGUCGGUACAUAAGAUUAUUCCUUUUUUAAAUGACAGUGGACUUGAGUUGGCUCCAGAAAAGUGCCAGUUGAUUGUUUUUAGCUCCGAUCCUAAAAUCGCGACUAAGUCUUGGUGUAUAAAAAUAAAUAGAGAAAGAAUUUGGUCUCAGCAAGUAAUUAAAUUUCUGGGCAUUCUGUUUCACAGCUCGCUAAAAUGGGAUCACCAAGUCCAAGCUAUUAGGUCAAAGUGCAUUAAUCCUAUGGCAAUUAUAAACUAUUUAAGGUUGACAUGGACUGGGGCUGAUCCUCCAACGUUGAUUAAGGUGUAUAAAAGCCUAGUUAGGUCCAGAAUUGAAUAUGGUGCAUUUCUGUUUGUGUCGCUCAAGAAAUCCCUUCUGAAAGUAUUAGAUAGAAUCCAAAACAAAGCGUUGAGGUUAGCAAUGGGGUAUAGAAACUCAACUCCGCUGAAUGUGAUAGCUGCUGAGUCUAAAGAACCACCUUUGGAGUUUAGAUUUAGGUAUAUGACUCAUAAUUUUCUAACUCGUUGUUUCUCAAACUCAAACCAUAAAGUUAUUGCUAUCCUCAGUGAAAUAUCCGAACUCAGAGAGUGUCCUACCAUGGUCUUUAGUACUGAAACUCCAGGGUUAGUACGUUGUUUUCAGGAAAUAGAACCAAUAAGUCAUCUGAUCUCUAGUGAUUCACGCCCUAACUGCUUUAAGUUUCCAUUUCAAUCGAUGUUCGUUCCAGCCAAGGUACAUUGGGAAGAAGGAAAAGAAAUUCAGGAAAUUCAUAAGUCCAAGCCUCUAAGUGUUGAAAGAUCUUUUUGGAAUUUAUUCCGUGAAGAGUUUCGUGAUGCCGUAGUAAUUUUUACAGAUGGUUCAAAGACGAUAGGUAAAGAAUUUGUAGGGUUCGCCUACUUAGAAGUCGCCACAAGCAGUGUGAGCCUGAACAGAACGGUUAAGUACGCUUCAAUUUUCUCUGCUGAGGCCAUGGCGAUAAUUGCAGCCUUGAAAAAAUUUGCUAACACGGAUUUAAAUAAACUGGUUAUAUUUUCGGAUUCUUUAAGUGUCCUGAAGGCGUUGGCCUCCAUUAGAUCCGCGGGUAAAUUGAACGUGCUGAUCGGUGAAAUUAAACAUUUAGUGUACAGUCUACAGGUAACUGGUAGGGUAGUAAAGUUUUUCUGGAUUCCUGCACAUGUAGGGAUUUCUUAUAAUGAAAAAGUGGACUCAGCUGCGAAAGAUAGCGUUAUGAAGGGUCGCGACUCCCAGAUUCUGCUCCCAAGCUCCGACUUCAAAGCCUUUUGGAAGGGAAAAAUGCAUAAUGACUUUGUUAACUGGUGUAAAUGUGAAGGGUUAAAUAAAGGAAGAUUCUACCACGAGAAUUACUAUUCAGAGAGCGCACUCCCAUGGUUCGGUAAGUUCAAUUUAGCUAGGAAACCUCUGGUCUCCAUUAAUAGACUUAGAUGCAAUCACUCUAGUCUUAAAGAAAGUCUUGCUAGAUUUAAUAUCAUUCGAUCUGCUAUUUGUGAAUGUGGCGAAGCCGAGGAAACAGCAAACCAUGUUUUCUUUCAGUGUAGUAAGUACGAGGAUAUACGAGCAUUGUUUUGCAAAGAUUUAAGGAAACAAAAAUCCUUUCCUCCGUACUGCAUUGAAUCUAUGUUACAUAGUAUGGACCGAGGAGUCAUCUUUGCGGUGGCCAGGUUUCUGAACAGUAUUGAGUUAAGUAUUUAAAGAUAAAGAGGUCUAUUUUUUAAGGUAAUCUGUAGAAACAGGAAGCAAAAGUGUCUAUACAGUUAUAGGUGUUACAUUGAAUAAGUUAAAAAGGAAAAAAAGAAAAAUGUAUAUUUGUUUGUCGUUUAUUUUUAUUUUCAGUUUUUGUUUUGUUUCUGGUUCAAUCAUAUAUAAAAAAUGUUAUAUAAUAUUGGAAAAAUUGUUAUAGAAGGUGUUAAAGAAAAAUUAAAUCUAAUUAAAGCUAAAACUUAAUGUUAAGACCAAGUUAAGGAUAUUGCUGUACUGUGAUAAAAUGGUUAAAAUAAGUACAAAGCUUUUGUAAAUCGCGCCAGGAAAUUUAGUAUAGACCAUACACUGUAUAGUUCUAAGUAGCAAUAGUCUGUUUUUAGGAUGUAAGUAUUCUUUGUAACAUGGUUGGUUAUCUGGGCUGAGCUUGGACUCGUGAUUGCCCCUACCUUUGUAUCUCUUCCUUUUUUUCCAAUAAAAUAA